AAGCGUAUUGGCGUUGGAGAGGUACUGAUCGAGCAUCUUGGUCUUGACAUCGACGUAUCGCUCCUCUGUGUUAUACAGCUCAACAGCUAAGGCCCGAAAGCCACAGUUACUGUCUGGCAUGGGAUUAUGCACCAAUUCAACAGCUGGUGGAGGAAUCCAUUUGCAAACAAGGUUGAGGUUAGGUACAAAGCGAAUUUUUGGAGGAGGAGGGAUGGUGAGCGCCAUGUUGUUUGCUUCAUUUGCUAUUGUUG